AUGUGGAAAUCACCCAUCUAUGUUGUUGCAGGUCUUUUGUGCGCUGAAGAUCUCAGCACUGGGGUAGCCAAAGAUGUGCGAUCUGUAGAAACAUUAAUAUCCUGCUUGACGUCGACCUCCCUCGAUAUCCUCACCCCAGUAUCACGAGACUGGAAUGAGGCCAUCACGCCCUUCAAUCUUCGUCUUCAGGGCCAUUUCAUCCCAUCAGCAAUUGCUUGCCCCAUAUCCGCUGGCGAGGUAUCCUCCGCCAUCCUCUGCGCAAACAAGUAUGACGUCCGCGUCUCACCAAUCUCGGGGGCACAUUCAUACUCAGCGUCCGGAUACGGGUCCACGAACGGUACACUGGUGAUCAGCAUGUCAAAUCUCAGGCAUGUGUCCGUUGAUCCAAGCUCAGGAUUAGCAAACGUGCAAAGUGGAAUAAGACUUGGAGACAUGGCGUUGGAGAUCUAUAAACAGGCAGGACGAGCACUCGCACAUGGUACGGAUCCACAGGUUGGGGUAGGAGGACAGACAAGUUUUGGAGGAUAUGGGUUCGUGUCGAGACAAUGGGGAUUGCUGCUUGAUCAGGUGGUAGAAGCAGAAGUGGUUUUAGCGAGUGGCAGCAUUGUGAACGCAAGUGCCACAGAAAACACGGAGUUAUUCUGGACAAUUCGCGGUGCCGGACCCUCCUUCGGCAUUAUAACGCGGUGGACGUACCAGACUCAUGAAGCACCCAUGAACGUUGUCGGCUUCAACUACACCUACGCCACGCCGAACUCCUCCGAAUUCUCUCGAGUGCUUUCUGUCUAUACAGACUGGGUUCUUGAUUCGGCCCCGCCGGAACUUGGUUUGGAAGCAGACAUCGUCAAUGGAACGGCUGUCGUAUCUUUCGUCGGCAUGUACGAAGGCCAACGAGAUGCUUUCGACUCCUUAAUGCGGCCCGUUCUGAGCAGUCUUGGGCCGCCUCUUUUCGCGAGCGCGGAUAACUACGGAUGGAUCGAAGCACUGGAAUGGAUAGGAGGCGUUGACACCUUGGUCACUGAGGGUGUUCCACCAGAGCACAAUACGUUCCUAGCCAAAUCACUCAUCACCCCACUGGCCGCACCAUUGACCAUGGAUGCAUACACAGCUUGGGGAGACUACCUCUUCGCCAACGCCGACCUCUCGUCGAAGUUCUCUUGGUUCAUGCAGAUUGAGCUCUACGGAGGCACUCAAAGCGCUAUCAACGCUCCCAUGUGGAAUGCCACCGCAUAUCCCUUCCGUGACUGCCUGUUCACAAUCCAGCUCUACGCUGCUACUAUAUCAGGCGAGCCACCUUAUCCAUUCGAGGAAGGAUACAGCUUUCUCGAAGGUGUCAUCGCUAUCAUUCAGGAUGCGAUGCCCGGAGUCGAGUUCGGUGCUUACACCAAUUAUAUGGAUCCGACUCUGAAGCACUGGCAGAAUCGGUAUUAUAAACACAAUUAUCCAAAAUUAUUAGGGCUGCAGAAGAGGUAUGACCCGCGCAAUAUACUUUUGAAACACCAAGGAGUGGGCUCGGUGUAG